AUGGCGGCACCAAAGAUGACCAAGAACCAGAUGCGCCGCGCCAAGAAGAAGGAGCAGAAGAAGGCACAGGCAGAGGUGAGUGCGCCGCUGCGGCCCCAACCCCAUACUCUGAGCUCGAAGCUGACGGCGCCUGUUUCCCCCCCUUACCUACAGACCACCACCACCACCACAACAACGACACCCGCCGACUCGGCCGACGAGAAGCCGCAGGAGGCCCCCGCAGCAGAGACCUCGGCUGCCGACCUCGCCGUGAAAGAUGGCCCCGGCGUGAGCGACACAGACGGACCCGACGGCUUCGAUGUUGAUGUCGAGACGAGUGAUCCCGCCUUUGCGGAAUUUGAAGACAUCAUGAAGCGGUUUGGCCGCGUCGCAGAGGACGAAGAGGCGCCAAAAGAGGAGGCCGUCUUUUUCGACCAGGACGACGACAUCCCCAGCGAGGACGAGGAGACGGGCCAGCCGAAGCUGUCCAAGAAGAAGCGCAAGCAGCUCAACAAGCUGUCCGUGGCCGAGCUCAAGGCGCUCGUCAAGAUUCCCGAAAUCGUCGAGUGGCAGGACGUCUCGUCGUCCGACCCGCGUCUGCUCGUCCAGAUCAAGGCCCAGCGCAACGUCGUGCCCGUGCCGCCGCACUGGUCCCUCAAGCGCGAGUACCUGUCGUCGAAGCGCGGCAUCGAAAAGGCCCCCUUCCGCCUGCCCAAGUUCAUCGCCGAGACGGGCAUCACCGAGAUGCGCGACGCCGUGCUGGAGAAGCAGGAGCAGCAGAGCCUCAAGCAGAAGCAGCGCGAGCGCGUCGCCCCCAAGAUGGGCAAGCUCGACAUUGACUACCAGCGCCUCUACGACGCCUUUUUCCGCUUCCAGACCAAGCCCGAGCUCACGCGCUUCGGCGAGGUCUACUACGAGGGCAAGGAGAGCGAGGUCGACUUUCAACACUUCCGCCCCGGCGACCUGAGUGACGCCUCCAAAGACGCCCUCGGCAUCCCGCCCGGCGCGCCCCCGCCCUGGCUCAUCAACCAGCAGCGCUUCGGGCCCCCGCCCUCCUAUCCCACCCUCAAGAUCCCCGGCCUCAACGCCCCGCCCCCGCCCGGCGGCUCCUGGGGCUUCCACCCCGGCGGCUGGGGCAAGCCACCCGUCGACGAGUUCAACCGGCCCCUGCAAAAGGUCGACGAGAAGCGCACCGACAAGAAGAAGGAGAGCAAGUACAGGUUCUAA